UGAUCAAUAUGAAAUUUAGUAAUUUUCUAGGACAUCUUAAGGCCUUACAUUUGAUCUAAGUUUGUGAAAAUCGGUUCAAUCGUUUCCGAGAAAAGGUAGUGCACAUAUUUUCCUUUUUCUUUCACAUAUCACCCUGUAAUUCCGAAACCGGAAGUUAUAUUCAAACAAUAUACAGAAUUUUUAUAGCACUGCAUAACCAUUCAUUUUAAGCUAAGUUUGUGAAAAUCGGUUCAUCCAUCUUCGAGAAAAGUGAGUGCACAAAAAUAUCACACACACAUUCACACACGCACUCGUGCGUACUCGACGAAUGAUUCAAAUGGCACAUGACACUCGGCCUCUCUACACUAGAGUGCCUAUAACCUAUAACCUAUAGGCUCUUUACUCUACACUAGUAAUGUCGUCGUUUUCGCUUGAGAAAACUGAAACUAAGCCAGAGUAGUUUCAUCAAACAAACACUUUUCAUGCGACUGUGUUGGGUUCGCACUUAGCAACAGGUUCUAAACUGACUCGAUUUUCAGUUCAACAACGUUGAAACUAGGUCCGAAACUAGCUUCAAACAAACGGUUUGACAGCAGUUAGGGUGGUAUCUGGGUUAGGUUUGGCAUCAAGCGAAAACGACAUAAGAAUAUGUUUUUUGUUGCAAUAUCACAAUCAGAAGCCUUUUCAAAACUCAGCAACCCUCUAUUUUUGUCAUUGAAAUCAUACGAAAUCCGAAAGACUGCAAAAAGCAAAAUGGUGUUUUCCGGAGUAUGUCCCAUAAAGUACAACUGGACAAAGGCGUACCUUCUUCGUCCAAUUGACAACAUAAUUUCCCAUCCGGACGUUUUGAGGAAAAGACCUUUCCGACCAUCUUAUGAUUCGGUAUUAUUUCCUGAUAGUUUUGUAGUAUCCAUGUUUUGUUUUAUGACGCUCUUAUUUCUAGCACGGUGCACCUCACAUUUCAUGUUUGCUCCGGUACGACUACUCUCGCAUUUGGAAAGCAGAACAUACCAAAUUUCAAGAGUACAAAAAAACAUUGUCAUCCAAGCCCAAAAAAUUUUCGCCUUAUCGAAAGCAACCCAUCAAAGAAAACACCUCAUACCGAACCUAGAGAGCAAGUGUCGAUUGUGCCUCUCAGACAAGACCGUGGUGCAGUCUAUUUUCCAAUGCGAAAGCAAGGAGACGACCGACACACUUGUGGACAAAAUUUUCGAAUGCACCGCAAUUAUGCUCUCCAAGGACUUCGACUUCCCUUCACCCAUUUGUGAGGACUGUGCUCUAAAACUGGACGAGUUUUUGCUGUUCAGAGCUAAAUGCUUAAGAAGCAACGAAAUCUAUAGGUUUAACAAGUUGCAUAAAUCAAGGUUAUUCAGUGGAGGUGCUCGGUUGCAAAGCAAUGGUUAUAAGGAGAAGGAUUGUAAAGAACCGGAACCGGCUGAUAACAAGGAAGAAGAACCAAAAACUGAUCAGGUGGAUAAAGAUACAAUAGGUACUAGUAGUAGCAGCGAUGAAACCAAUAUUACAACUAUUAAAACCCAACUACCGCUUAUAAGUUGUGUACUUGUGGAAACAGAGGCGGCGGACAAUCUUACAGAUUGUAAUGAGAAACCCGAUAAACCAUUUCAGAUGGAUGAUAUAGACACACCGGAUAUGUUGGUCAUUAGUGAAACAGAAGCUACAAUGAAGAGUGAACCACUACUGUCUACAGACUCCAUUCAAGCCAAGGAAGAAAAACUUGUGAUUGAUGGAUUUACAUUUCCUUUGGGAACGGUUAAGGAAUUGGAAUGCUUCGAACGACGUAUACAAGCGUGCACCGAGACAAAAACUCAAUUUAUUACACUGCUACGAUCGCUGAAAACGCACGAUACCUCGUUAAGCGAUACAUAUCAGCGAUUGUUCACCGAUGCUUUAACAAUUCACUAUAAUUACGACGGAAUUUCACCCAAAUACAAUAAACGAUCACUCAAAAGUCUUUCCAUAUUCACCGAAUGUAUGCCCGUUUUAAUUAUUUUAGCUGCUUGGAAUGAUCAUAUGGACGCAAACAUGGUACGGGAAGCAAUAAUUGAGGCUGUGAAAAAGUCACACAAUCGAUACAAUCAAUGCAGUCAUCGUAAGCGCACCAGGCAAGUAUAUUUUUAAAAAUGAGAAGCAUUAUUCUGACCAUCUUUAAAAUUCCAGUUACGAGUGGUUAUAGCUCGUUAUACCGCAUUGAUUCUAAAGGUUGAGCGAAUUGCAGAAAGCAAUCAGUAGCAACCCUAUUUUUAAACCACUAUAGCGCGACCACGAUUAAAGAUAGUCGUACCUCACUAAAAUGCAGCGAAGACUGUUCUUCGCAUCGAAAAAUGGUGACUAAAAGUAAAAUAACGAUAAUUGUAAUUGAAAUGAUAGCUAACAGUAGUCAAUCUAACCGGAACUCGCGAAGAACCAACUAUGAUUACCACAACGAAGCACGAUUUAGCAAACAGAUGCGACUAUAAACUCGCUAGAUUAGAAAACACGUAACACGUUAGAAAUUUUAUCAAGAAAGUUUAAAGUGUUACCAAUGAAUUUUAUUACACUAAAAUUGUAAGCGACUGAUAGUAACUUUUAAAUUGGUCUAUUUCACGUCGAAUGUUCAGAAAAAAUAGGUGCUUCACAAGAAAUAGAACGAAGAAACGAAGAUCCUGCGUACUGUCACGCAUGGUUACACAUAUU